AUGCCUCCAAAAGGUCUCAAAACUCUCUCCAAAAAGAAGAAGAAGACUAAAGAGCCCGUCGAAAUCUUCGAUGUUGGUCGUCCUCGACCACAAAGAGCCUUGGAUUGUGCUCGAAUAAUGGUCGAUUUCCUCGAGGCAAUGUUCCAUAAAUUGGCCCUGCAAUACUGCGACUUGAAAGGAAAAGUCGCCGAUUCCUUCUGUGGGAUCUUGUAUUAUCGCUGUGCGAGAGAAGCGAUCCGAACUUACAUGACGGACAUGAGAUCCACACUCAGGUAUUGGAUCAGCCAUCAACACUUGACCCGAUUUUCGGUCGUUUUGAAGGACGUGCAGAGCGGGGAAGAGCUGGGGAUUAUCACGUUUGGGUUGUUCUCGGGGACUGACAGAAAUUGGGCGUCAAAGUGAGAACUUUUUAUAUUGUACUUGGUAUUAGUCAAAAAGAAAAUAUCAUCAAAAGAAAAAAAAAGUUUUUAGAGCCAUUCGAAAGGGAGUGAUACACGAACUGAAGGAUCAGCUGAUGAUUUUGUUUGAGAAAUUGGAUGAACUUCCCACCAGAGAGCAGUUCUUGAAAGAUUUUGGAGAGCGAGGUAAGAAUAAGGAGGAAAAUGAGGUGAAGAUGGUUCGCGAUUUGAAGACAGAGCCUUUUCUGAUACUUUACAUUUAAUUUCAAGCUUCUCUGGCUUUUAAAAUUUUGGAUAACAUCAAUUUUUCCAUUUUUUGUCAUGUUGAAUAUCCGGUUUUCGUGUGAAUUUGAUUUUUUUAUGUUGUCUUAGGCUGUGUGUGUAUUUAUAAUGCUUUAUAUGUGUUAUUGUGUGUUUCAGAAGUGGGUGCCAAGAUCCGUUUAUCCUUGCUGCCUGAGGUCCCAAAACCCGAUCUUGUCUCGGUAAGUUGCACUGUGCAGUAGCUAAAAAAUUUUCAAUAUCGAUUUUGAGUAAUACAAAAAUGGAGACGUCUCGUAUUUUACCCCAAAACUUUUAGGCCAUAAAAUGGAAGCAUGAUCCAGAUGCUUUGUGUGCCCCAAAGAAGAAACUCCUCUACUCAACCCCUCGAAUUAACAGUGAAUUUGUCGAGUUCUCACUUCAAUGUAGCUCUUCGAUCAUUGGAAAGGACUAA